AUGAUGCUGGGAUCAUUUGGACGUAUUAGCCAUUAUACGAGCCCCCCCCCCCCCAGACGAGCACCGAAUGUCGAACGCAAUAAAUCGACGCGUGAUUUGUCGUCGAAGUCCAUAAUAAUAUUAUUAUAUAUGAUAAUCUCUGCGAAGGUGCGGGUCGGGCGAUCGGAGGGCAUCGGAGAUAUCGGCUUAGAGGUCGAAUCGGUCAAGACUGCUUUUACGGUCGAUCGAGUCGCGUCGACAGCCCGAAGAAAGCUGCGCCGGCGCUCGACCCGCGUCCGCGGUGCCGUAGCGCCGGGCUCCGUGGUGGGCGAAACGGCGGGACUAGGAAAAGCGCAGCGUGACCUUCGUCGUCCUUGGCACCGCGAUAAGGCGCGGGUCUCGUGGAAACGUGGUGGCGAGCGCGACCCCGCUAUCGCGCCGUUUUAA